GAAGCCAAGCAAAUACGAUUAUAUCCGGGCUCACCACCGGAAUCAGAUCCAGCACUAUUGAGGAGCAGACGACAAGCUUAUCAAGUAUACCAGGGAGAUGAUACGUCAAUUACGAUGGAUAAAACAGGACGUGUUGAAACUGGACCAUGGGGUCCCUGGUCACUCGAGAAACAAUGCUCUCGAACAUGCGGUGGCGGGGUACAGAUGGAACGAAGGACAUGCAACGGUGAAUGCACUGGACCAUCAACACGUUAUGUGUCCUGUAAUAUCGAGGAAUGUACCGGUAGCAUUAAAGAUUUUCGGGCUAUUCAAUGUUCCGAAUAUGAUGAUACACCACUAGAUGGUAAUUACUACAAAUGGUUACCGUAUCCGGGGAAGAAUAAAUGUGAACUAACCUGCAAACCGGAUAAUGCUAAUUUCUACUAUAAAUGGGCUGAUAAAGUUAUAGAUGGUACAAAAUGUGAUCAUCGUACUAAUGAUAUUUGUGUGGAAGGAGUUUGUUUACCAGUUGGAUGUGACAAUAAACUUGGAUCGGCAAAGAAAAACGAUAAAUGUGGUAAAUGUGGUGGUGAUGGUUCAACAUGUAAAACUGUCGAAGGAUAUUUCGAUGAGCGUAAUUUAACACCUGGUUAUCAUAAUAUUAUUCGAUUACCAAUUGGUGCGACAUCAAUUUUAGUUGAAGAAUUACAUUCAACAACUAAUUCACUUGCAAUCAAAAAUACAUCAGAUUACUAUUACCUAAAUGGCAAUUAUCAGAUUCAAUUAACUGAUAAACAUUUGGAAAUUGGUGGAACAUUAUUCGAAUAUGAUACACGCAAAAACUUAGAUCAUCCUUUUGAAAAAUUGACCGCUAAAGGACCAAUUACAGAAGAACUUAUCAUUGCAUUACUUUUUCAACGGGGAAAUAAAGAUGGUGCUAUUAAAUAUGAAUUUUCGGUACCAUUAGAGGAGGAGAUUCCAUAUCUCUAUAAACCAGACCAAUGGUCACCAUGUUCGGUUACAUGUGGAAAAGGUAUCCAAACUCGUAUACCAUAUUGUAUUGAAAGUGCAUCAGGACAACGUGUAUCAGAUGACAUUUGUGAAGAAUAUAAUGUCACCAAACCUAUUUCUGAGAAAGUUUGCGAAACAGUUAAUUGUGAUGCGCAAUGGUAUGAAGGAGAAUGGGAACCAUGUAGUGUAUCAUGUGGACAAAGUGGUACUCAGUAUCGUGUUGUUUAUUGUCAUCAGAUAUUCUUGGACGGUAAAAGGAUGACAAUUGAUGAUGGUAAUUGUAGCAUGGAACGUCCACUGGUACAACGACCAUGUAACAGAUUUUCGUGCCCGGAAUGGCAAGCAGGACCGUGGAGUGCAUGUUCGGAAAAAUGCGGUGAUGCAUUCCAGUAUCGUUCAGUAACAUGUCGAAGUGCAAAAGAAGGUGAAGAGGGUAAAUUGCUACCUGCAGAAGCAUGCAAUGAUGAAGCUAUGGAAACAGAACGAAAUUGUAAUUUGGGUCCUUGUGAAGGACUUAAUUUUGUUACUACGGAUUGGAAAUUGUGCAAAAAAUGCAAUGAUACGAAAGAAAGUAGAAAUGUGACAUGUGAAGAUAUUAAUGGUCGAGCAUAUCCAUUGGAAAAAUGUUUAAAUGAAAAUUCAACAACAAUUCCUACAGAUAUACGACCAUGUUCAUCACCACAGCCUUGUAACUAUGAAUGGCAUACAUCAGAAUGGUCAAAAUGUAGUACAGAAUGUGGUCAUGGACAUAAUUCACGACGAGUGGUAUGCGCUAUUCAUCAAUUAGGUGAUCUUACGGUUGUAGAUGAUGGACAUUGUAAAUGGGAGAAUAAGCCAGAAUCAAUUAAAAAUUGUACAAAUGAAGAGAAAUGUAAUGGGACCUACUAUACAGGUCCAUGGAGCAAAUGUUCAGUUGAAUGUGGCGGUGGAAUCCAAAAUCGAAUGAUUGUUUGCUUAAAUUAUGAUAAAAAACCUGUUCCGGAAUGGUGCGAUGAAAGUGAAAAGCCAUCAGAAGAACAGGAAUGUAACGUAGAACCUUGUCCAACAUGCGAUGAUAGUGAAUUUGGGUGCUGUCCGGAUAAUAUAACGAUGGCAAGUGGACCGUAUUUAGCCGGAUGUUCAAAUUGUUCCACUUCUCUGUUUGGCUGUUGUAAGGAUAAUGUAACCGAAGCACAAAGUAUUACCGGAGAAGGAUGUGCUGAAUUUGUUGCUGAAAUGGAAGGAAGUGGUGAGGAAAGUGAACAAUCCGUUAAAUCCAGUGAGGAAGAACUUUGUGAAGUGAUGAAUAAUGAAACCGGUGAGAAAGCAUUGGUUGCUUGUGGUAAUGAUACUGCUGAUAAUAUCAGUACAGUCAUAAAAAUGUUGUUAAAUGAUGAUGAUUUAAUUACCAAUGGUACCUAUGAUAAUGAGACGAAACAUUGCUCUAAAACAGAAUUUGGUUGUUGCCCAGAUUGGACAACUAUCGCUGAAGGGAAAAAUAAUGAAGGCUGUCCUAAAUUUAUACUCGGUGUAUGUAAUGAAACAAAAUUUGGUUGUUGCCCGGAUGAAGUAACUUUAGCUCGAGGCUUAAAUUAUGAAGGUUGUGGUGAGUCAACCUGUGCUGCAUCAUUAUACGGUUGUUGCAAAGAUCGUAAAACGAUUGCUUUUGGACCGCAUUAUGCAGGUUGUGAACGAUCAUCAUUUCCGUGUGAAUUAUCCAUGUAUGGUUGUUGUCCGGAUGGUGAAACAGCUGCAUUAGGAAAGAAUGGUACCGGUUGUGGUGAAAAUUGUUUAACAACCAAAUUUGGUUGUUGUCCAGAUGGUAAAACAACUGCAAAAGGAAUGGAAAAUGAAGGAUGUGGUUGCGAAUAUGCGCAAUAUGGUUGUUGUCCGGAUGGUAAGACAACAGCGAAAGGUCUUAAGAAUUACGGUUGUCCUGUAUCAUGUGCUCAAAGUCAAUACGGUUGCUGUCCGGAUGGUUGUCCAUGUCAAUAUACUCAAUACGGAUGUUGUCCAGAUGGUGAAACAAGUGCUAUUGGACCAAAGAAUGAAGGAUGUGAUGAUUGUCGAUACUCUAAGUAUGGUUGUUGUCCUGCUAGUGAAAUUCGAGCCAUUGGGCCACAAUAUGCUGGAUGUCCAUCAACUACACCAGCUCCCUAUAUUAUAGGUGGUUCAAUUGCGCCAGAGAAAAUUAUUUCAUGUUCAUUGUCACAGGAUCAAGGUACAAUAUGUCAUCCUGGUUAUAAAUUAUUGUGGUACUAUGAUACUGCAGAAGGUCGCUGUAAGCAAUUUUGGUAUGGUGGUUGUGAGGGUAAUGAUAAUCGUUUUGUAACAAAAGAACAAUGUGAAAUGGUUUGCGUAAAACCACCAGGAAUAGGUCGUUGUUUCCUACCUAAGGUAGAAGGACCAUUACGAUGCAAUCAAUUAUCAGCUCGUUAUUGGUAUGAUUAUACAACCAAACAAUGUGGUGCAUUUUGGUGGCGUGGUUGUUUGGGUAAUGAUAAUAAUUUCGAAAGUUGGGAAGAAUGUCAAAAUUUUUGCGCUGAUAUUGGUCCAUUUGAAAAGCAACGAGAAAAAUUAUCACAAUUAGAGACAAAUGAAAUUAAUGAAAUUAUGACAAGUAUGUCACCAUACGAAUAUACACCUUUUGGUAGUUCUCAAGAAUCAAACGAAGAUGAUGAUACGUUUAUUUCAAUUGAACGUAAAACUUCCAUGACUCAUGAACAACCAUUACCAGUAUUUAUUCCAAAUGAUCGACAAUUAGGUUUAACACAGGAACCAAUUCAAGUACCAUUACCUCAAUCAUAUCAACAACCAUCAUCGUUAUCGCAAAAAUCAAUAACAAUUGAAGAAGUAUGUCAAUCAACGGCUGAUAGUGGACCAUGUGGUAAUUAUGAAGAUAUGUACUAUUACGAUUUCUUCUCUGGUAGAUGUCAUUUAUUCAUUUAUGGUGGAUGUGGUGGUAAUUUGAAUCGAUUUAAAACACGAGAGGAAUGUGAAGCACGAUGUUCACAUGUUGGUGCUGAUAGAAGAAAUUUAGGCCGAAAUCAACCAUUUACAACAGCGCAACGAAAUGAAUUAAUACCUGUCGCAUUACCUAAAUCAGGCUCAUUUGGUCUUCCAAUAGUAGGUCGAUCUCGUGAUGCAUGCAAUGAACGAAUGGAUAUUGGUCGUUGUAAUGGUGCAUUUCCAAGUUAUUACUUUGAACGUGCAACAGGUACCUGUGAAUCAUUCCGUUAUUCCGGAUGUGGUGGUAAUGCUAACCGUUUUCAAACCAAGGAGCAAUGUGAAGAAUUAUGUGUCCAUCGUGCUUCCGGUGUUAAAUCUGGAACUUUUCCAACUUCUAUAUCAGAUCAAACAUUCAAACAUCUUAUACCAAUAUCAGAUGCUUCUCAGAAACCUGAAUCAGUAUCAAAAUGUGAACUCCCAAAGGAUACUGGUCCAUGUAAUCGAUUUGUCACAAAAUGGUAUUACAAUAAACUUGAUGGUACUUGCACACGAUUCCAUUAUGGUGGUUGCGGUGGUACUGAUAAUCGUUUUGAUAACGAACAACAAUGCAAGAAUGAAUGUGGUAAUUUUAUUGAUCCAUGCAAAUUACCAAAAGUAAAUGGGCCAUGUUCCGGAAAACAUAAACGAUACUAUUUCAAUGCUGAUACCGGUCGAUGUGAACGUUUCGAAUACGGUGGAUGUUUAGGCAAUACCAACAAUUUCCUACAUCUUGCUGAUUGUGAAGCUAAAUGUUUAUUAUCCGAAGAAAGUGAGUAA